AUGCAGUCACCUUGUGAUGUAGCCACUCUUAAUUGGCUUGAAACUCCGACACACCAACAAAACAUCACUUCUCUUACUCAAGUCCAGACAAAUUUAGUACAGAAUGAUCGAUUACCUACCAACGAGGGCGGUCAAAGCUCAUCUGUGGAUAACGAUCUUGAGCGUGAGCAUUCAAGACCAACAGGUAUCAUUGGUGAUAUCUCAGACAUUUAUUCAUUGCCCACAAACUGGCUGCCAUUUGACGACAUCCCAGCGAGUAACUCAUUAGUGCGCAGUCUCGACGAUAUGCCCCGUCUUGCAUUUGGAGUCGACCAAGCAUACGCUGUUUCUCACCAGAACCUCGAGACGCAAACACCACUUUCAAAUCUUUCAGCAAUACAUGGGCAAACCCUACAGCAAGACCAUGUUUCCGCCUUGAUUGCUUCCAUGGCCUCAGAUAGGUCAGGGAAAACACAAGCUUCGGGCAUCGGUGCCGAUACUGCGCUUUCCAAUACUCAAGCUACGCAUUACUCAGACGGAGCGGGAUUUCGAGAAAGCAGAGCAGAGCGGUACAUGCGCCAGCGACGCGCUGCUUACACUGAAGAACAUAGGCCAAAUACAGGCCAUCAGGUUCACGCAUCAUGGCUGAUUGAUCUGAAUUCCAAAGUUGCGGCAGCGACUAGAAAUAUCGGGACAUCCGAGGACAUUCCAGACGGCAUCUUUGAGGAAAUCAUAUCGAGAUCGAAUUCACAUGAAACCAGCUCCCGCAUUCUUGCCAACUUCGCCACCCACAAGGAUAUUCUACUAACGAAGUCUACGUUUCAAUUCUUUCUUGAUUUUGUCAACUGCCAGGAACCGCUGCCCUACAUACAAGCCAGGAUCUUGGCAUCGAUUGGGCUUUGCCAAAGUCGUCGGCCGGAGCUACUCAGAUGUGGUUAUAGCGCCUCAGCUAUGGUAGCACAAGCAUGUCUUCGGCUUCACUUACUGAGUGAGGAUGACAAUGUCGGCUCCUAUCAAGAUGAUCAGAGUUCGGAUCAGAAAUGGAUCACUUGGCGAUUUCGAGAGACACGAAGAAGGACGGGCCUUUUCGUUUGGUUAACAAGUUGCUAUCUCGCUCUGUCUUCUGAACGUCACCCGUCCUUGUUCCCCGAUCAGCCUCAACUGAGGCUUCCAUGCCGUGAGGAAUUAUGGGCAGCCGAGUCCCCUCAAGCUUGGUAUACGGCAAGGUCAGAUGCAGAUGCCGAUCCAAUAGCUUUCUCUGCCGAAGAAGCGUCACGACCGACAGUGCCUGAAGUCACACUGAAGCUUUGGCGAGAGCUUAACUCGCAGCAUUCGUCGAAUUCCUUUGCGACCGUAGUCAUCAUUCACAUGUUGGUUCAUCGCAGAUGGAACGCCAACGAAUAUCUGGCUGAUGCAAUUCGUGACGUACCACAGCCAGAUCCAUCAAACCUCCAUGUACCUGGGAGAAAGUACCUUGGUUCAUUGCCCGAGUACAUAAAGUGGCGUAAUCAGUGUUGCGACUGCUUGGAUGUGCUGCACUGGGAAGCACUGAGCCUAUCAGCCAAGGCAGAAGGACUUGAAGGCCCAGUACUAUUGCAUCUCCACCUGGCUCGUCUCUCACUUCUUACGCCAGUGGGGGACCUUUUGGCGUUUGCCCACCAAAGUACUCUCUCGGAUACCACGCACACAGCUCCAAGUAGUCUCUUCCGCAACGGUAUUUCGAAUCUAGAUCCGAGACAUACUGUCAAGAUCUGGGCGACUCAAGAUCGAUACAAAGCUCGCCUCGCAUUGGUGCAUGCUGGGGCUGUUCUUUGGCAUGUAAGACGAUACUCAUCAGACUCGAUUGUUGAGCCAUUUACACUCUCCCUUACGGCGCUGGUGCUCUGGGCUUACGGGCAAACAUCCAAUAUUCGAAAGCUGCACGAGUCUACGGGCGCUGGAGUGCAGUCUCCAGUGGACGACAAUGGGGACUCAAUGAGCCUUGUAACCUCUAUAUCUGGCUCAGUAGGAAGUCGUACAACGCAGAUGGGGGGUUCAUUGCUGCCAGACGAUUAUGCAUCAAGUCGACGGCGAAUGCCAAGCACCAUGCAAUUGGAUAGGCCGAUGGAUGAUGAACUUGUUCAGUACUUUAUUAGAUUUGGUGAAAGCCUGCGACUCCCACUCGAAGGAGUAGACGACUUAUGUUCAACCGAGGGCCCAUUGAGAAUUUUACACGAAGUGUCAAAUUUACUGAUGGAACAGCACAAGCCUUAG